AUGAAAACAUAUUGGGAUAUCUACUUAAGCAAAGAUGGUAGGUUAGAGACAAAACACUAGAUGAUUUCUUUCCAUCUGUUCUAGCCUUGGUGAACAGAGUUACCACAUGUUGCUGGUGGGAGUUGACAGGUAUCAUGUGAAAUUAGUCAAGGUGCAUGCAAGUUGGCUCGGACACCAUGGUUAUCAAAAAAUAAGAUAGUAGGUUGUGCUAUGCAAUUUUAACUCUACCUUGUUUGCUGGUGAUUUGAUGGUUUCAAACGGUAAUGCAAUGCUACCAUCUUACUUGUGAGGCUUGGCAAAAGACUAAUAAGAGAUGUUAAGACAUCCAUUACUCUUCUUACCUUCAUUUUUCCUUCCAACUAGUGAUAUAAAAUCUUAGGGGCUUUAUAUAAAGUACUUCAUAAGAAUAUAUGGGUUACUAAUUGAUGUGGAGUGGAAACCUAAUUAACUAACAGGUCAUUUGAGAAUAACUUACUGUUGAUAGCUUGGAGGGGGAGGGCAGUUCCAAUGGCGACCAUGCUUCUGAAAGCAUUGGAGUUUAGAGUUACAAAUUCUUAAAACUUAACUUUGAAGCAUUCUAAGAUACCCUUUCACUAUACAAAAUAUUCGUCGUUUUGAAGUGCACUUGCUAUCCGCUCUCGUGGUUGUUGAAAUAACUCUUUAAUUUAUGCUUAUCAUAUGAAAAAUAUGAAUAUGCUGCAACAGGUAAAAAUGGAUUCCUGGAACAAUUAUAAAAAGCCCCUUGAUGAGCAAGAUUACUCCAAUGAGGUUGGAUAUGGAGUUGACAUGGAACCCUCUGAAGAAGAGCUCUCAGACUUAUCGAAAGCUUGCAACAAGCUCUGGGAACUUGAUCUAAACCGCUUAGUUCCAGGAAAGGAUUACCAGAUUGAUUGUGGUGAAGGAAAAAAGGUGUACCAAAAGGAUGAUAUGGCAGAAGGAUGCUUAUUUUCCUGGCUGAGUGAAGACGUUUUUAACAAGCCUUCUUAUUCUCGUUUCUGUUCCCUUUUGGAUAAUUAUAAUCCACAUCAGGGAUGUAAGGAGAAUGUAACACCUGAAGAAAAGCGAGAACAAACAGCAUUCAUAGAAGAGAUCAGUAGAACUGCACCAAUUAAAUAUCUGCACAAGUAUCUGUCAUUGAAAGGCGUAGUUUCUGGUAAUUAUGAAGAAUUUAAGAGAAUGUCGACACGUCUGUGGUUCGACCUUUAUAGCCGAGGUGGUACAUCAGCUAGCUCCUCAGCUUUUGAACAUGUUUUUGUUGGAGAGAUAAAGGAGCGCGGGGAGAAAGAGGUGUCUGGAUUUCACAACUGGCUUCAGUUCUAUUUAGAGGAAGCUAAGGGCAAUGUUGACUAUCAAGGAUAUAUUUUCCCCCGAAGGCGUGGAGAGAUUCCUGACUCAGAAACUCAACUGCUCACCAUACAGUUUGAAUGGAACGGCGUCUUAAAAUCUGUGUCAAGCAGUUUGAUUGGAGUUAGCCCCGAAUUUGAAGUUGCCAUCUACACUCUCUGUUACUUUGUUGGAGGGGAGGAAAACCACGUCGAGAUUGGUCCAUACUCUGUUAAUAUUAAAUGCUAUCGAUUGGGAGAUAGCAUUGGCUCUGCUUUCCCUGUGGCUGAAUGUUGAAUGUCACACAUCAGAAACAUUUCUGUGAUUGUGAGACAUUACCAUUUGUUUAAGAAAUAUUCUUGCCCGGUAUUAUCCGCGCAUCUAUUGCUGUCAUAUUCCAACUUGCUGGUGAAAUGAAAAUGCUGAAUAUUGUUCACUUCUAUGAAGCUAUAACAUAAAGAUUGUUGCUCACCAGUGAACACUUGGGAAUAACCUGCAAUUUUAUUUCUAGAUAUUGAUCAGUUCUCUUUCAUUU